UCUCUCUCUCUUUCUCUCUCGCCAGUCCGAAGCUUAAACAACAAAGUUGAGGCUCUUCCCGGAAACUCAAAAAAUCAGAUCUAUUCUCACUUCUUCUUCGCCGGCGCUCCAGAUGUGGCCCAUCUUCCGAUCCUUCUCCUUCCUUUUCUUCUUCCUCCUCCUCCUCUCGCCGGCGCUCGCUUCCGACUCCGAUCACAGAUAUCAAGAGGGUGAUCAUAUAACAUUGUGGGUAAAUAAGGUUGGGCCUUACAAUAACCCACAAGAAACAUACAACUAUUACAGCCUUCCUUUCUGUCAUCCUUCUGGCAAUGCUGCUCACAAAUGGGGUGGUCUGGGGGAGGUCAUUGGUGGAAAUGAGCUUAUUGACAGUUUGCUUGACAUUAAAUUUCCAAAAAACCUGGACAAGACUGUUAUAUGUGAGCUUGAACUUGAUGAGUCAAAGGUGAAGCAAUUUAAGGAUGCAGUUGAAAAUAGUUAUUGGUUUGAAUUUUUCAUUGACGAUCUGCCUCUAUGGGGUUUUGUUGGUGAGCUGCAUCCUGACAAGAACAGUGACAAUAGCAAGCAUGUGAUUUACACUCACAAAACUAUUAACCUGCAAUACAACAAGGAUCAGAUCAUUCAUGUUAAUCUUACACAAGACAACCCGAAACCUCUGGAAGUUGGGAGAAAACUGGACAUGACAUACUCAGUCAAAUGGACACCAACAAAUGUCACUUUCGGACGUCGUUUUGACGUUUAUUUGGAUUAUCCUUUCUUUGAGCAUCAGAUCCAUUGGUUCUCUAUUUUCAAUUCAUUUAUGAUGGUUAUCUUCCUCACCGGACUGGUAUCAAUGAUUCUUAUGCGAACUCUUCGAAAUGAUUAUGCAAAAUAUGCUCGAGAAGAUGAUGAUUUGGAGACACUGGAAAGAGAUGUUAGCGAAGAGUCAGGCUGGAAACUUGUUCAUGGUGAUGUUUUUAGGCCUCCUCGCAACUUGGCUCUUCUUUCAGCGGUUGUUGGCACCGGAGCACAGUUGUCUUUGCUUGUUCUUCUCGUCAUCUUGUUUGCAAUUAUUGGAAUGCUAUAUAUUGGGAGGGGAUCCAUUGUCACAACUUUCAUAAUAUGUUAUGCCUUCACGUCAAUCAUUUCAGGCUAUGUUAGUGGUGGGAUGUACUCGCGUAAUGGGGGUAAAAAUUGGAUAAAAGGAAUGAUACUCACCGCAUCACUUUUUCCCUUUAUGUGCUUCGGGAUUGGAUUUAUCUUGAACACAAUUGCCAUAUUCUAUGGGUCUUUGGCCGCUAUCCCCUUUGGCACAAUGAUUGUUGUUUUCGUCAUUUGGGCUUUCAUCUCUUUCCCUUUGGCUCUACUUGGCACUGUUGUAGGAAGAAACUGGAGUGGUGCUCCAAACAAUCCAUGUCGUGUCAAAACCAUUCCUCGUCCAAUCCCAGAGAAGAAAUGGUACCUCACUCCAUCAGUAGUUUCAUUGAUGGGAGGACUGCUUCCUUUCGGCAGCAUAUUCAUCGAGAUGUAUUUUGUGUUCACAUCCUUUUGGAACUACAAGGUUUACUACGUAUACGGGUUCAUGCUUCUGGUUUUUCUGAUCCUCACGAUUGUUACUAUUUGCGUUACGAUCGUUGGGACUUAUUUCUUACUUAAUGCAGAAAACUAUCAUUGGCAGUGGACCUCGUUCUUCUCUGCCGCAUCGACAGCUGUCUAUGUAUACUUAUAUUCGAUAUAUUACUUCUCUGUGAAGACUAAGAUGUCGGGCUUCUUUCAGACCAGUUUCUAUUUUGGAUACACCCUCAUGUUUUGCAUUGGUCUUGGAAUCCUUUGCGGGGCUGUUGGAUACUUGGGUUCAAACUUGUUUGUUCGGAGAAUCUACCGUAACAUAAAAUGUGAUUAGGACUCCCCCGGGAUAGAGAAGGAGUCAAGGCAACUUGAUUUCUUUAGAGUGAGGAUAAACCGAUGGGAAUCAUAUUAUUCAAAGAGGACAUGUAAUUCUUGCCGAUAAGAGCGGGGAGGACUCGUCAGUAAAUUCUCUCAACUUUUCAUCUUCAGAGACUGUAAGUGAACACACCGCUUAUUUUUACUACUACAGUUAAAAAUUAGAAUGCAAGAGAUUGUGUUUAUAAAGUUGACAUGUAAUCGGAUUUGAUUUUCAUGAUGUAUUUAGAGUAAUAUUUCAUUAUCA